AUGGUUCUGUUGUCGAAGAAGAUUAGAAGGAUGUUUGUGUAUUUGGGGUGUGUAGUAAUCUGUGGGGUUUUCUAUUACCAAAUAGCUGGACUCGAUCCAGUUUCUCUCUGGGGUUCACCGAAGGAGAUCUUUAAUGUAAAGUUUGAUUUAGAGGAUACGGAAGUAUUUUCUGAUCUGUUCGACGAAAGUUUAGUUGUGAAUUUUGGAAAGAAGAGGUGUUUAAGUGGUGCUGGGGUAGUAGAGAUGUGCUGGACUAAGAGCAAGUUGUUUUCUGCCACAUCGUUUCAUAAGCAGGCGGUAGUGCGUACGAUAAUCAAAAAAAAUAUCUUGGGCCUGAAACAAGCACGUUGGUUUGGAAUAUCAGAGUAUUUAUUCUACGAUUCAAUUAGUUUUAAGACUUUGGCGGUUUAUUUUUCCAAGGGACUGUUGAAAGGUAGUUUAGGGGUCUUUGAUAUAUCGAAGGAACAGCUGGCUGGUUCAAAAAGGGUGGAUGAUCUAUACGUCAAGAUUGGCGAGUGGGAUAUCGCGAUGGCGGGUAAUGGGGAGUAUGUUAGUGGUAUAAAUGUGCUAUUUGGUGAAGAUUGUGUGGAUCCUCGGGUAAAUUGGAAUCUAGAAAAGGGUUGGAAGUUGGCAGAUCGAUACUAUCCAAGUUAUUUAUCAAUCAAGAGAAUUCAGGUUAGAAAGGGUACGCCGGGCGUUGAUUUGCGAGUCAAUGAAGAAGGCAAUUUUAAGGUCGUCCAGUUGGCAGACUUGCAUUUUGGCGUUGGAAAGGGUGAAUGCAAAGAUGAAUUCCCAACCACGGAGAACUGUGAAGCAGACCCUAAAACGUUAAACUUCGUUGAAACAGUUUUGGAAAUAGAAAAUCCAGAUCUUAUAGUCUUCACUGGUGAUCAGAUUGAGGGUGAAUGGGAGCAAGACUCCGAAACAGCGUUGUUGAAGGCACUAGGCCCUGCUAUCAGACGAGGAAUACCAUAUGCCGUGAUAUGGGGUAAUCAUGAUGAUAGCGGGUCUAUGGAUCGACAGGAACUUUCGAAAUAUGUAUACCAACUACCUUACUCGCUUUUUAAAAUUAAUCCCAGAGAUGGAUUGCGUAAUGAUUUUGGUUUUGGUAAUUACGUCCUCCAAGUGGACGACCGGGAUGGGAGCCCAGCAAUCACUUUUUACUUUUUGGACAGUCAUAAAAGAUCACCUAAUCCUAAGGUUUAUUUUGGUUAUGAUUGGAUCAAAGAAGAACAAUUGAACUAUUUGGAAGAAUAUUAUACAAAGAAUCUUGCUGAUAAGCAUACGGAUUUGUCUAUGGCCUUUAUCCAUAUUCCGCUUCCUGAAUACCUAAAUUUUCAAUCAGUGCGUAACGAUGAACAGCAAAAUGAAAAAAUAGGAUCAUUUAAAGAGGGAAUUACAGCUCCCCGGUAUAAUUCUGGCACUGCAGAUGUGCUAGUCAAGUUGAAGGUUUCAGCUGUGAGUGUUGGGCAUGACCAUUGUAAUGACUACUGUUUAGAGACUGACUUCUUAUCCCAUAGUGACAGUUUAUGGCUCUGCUAUGGCGGUGCAGUCGGAGAACGUGGGUAUGCAGGAUAUGGUGGAACUGAACGUCGCAUAAGAAUAUUCGAAUUUAAUGCUAAGAAGAAAGUAAUCAAUACUUGGAAGAGAUUACACGGUUCGCCUGAUAGAAAAUUUGAUUUUCAAAUUAUCCACGAUGGUUAUACAGAUACUGCUUAA